AUGAGCCGGAGCGGCGGAGUAGGGCUGCCAGCGGCCGCGCACACCCACCCGGGACGCUUCCGCAUGGCCCGCGAGGAGCCGGCGCCCGCGGCGGUGGCGGUGGCCGGGCAGCCCGGGAGCGGCAGGCGCGGCGAGCGCGAGCGGGCGCUGCAGAGGCCAGGGGUCGCCCGCAGGGGGCGGCCUUCGCUGAGCCGCGCUAAACUGCACGGGCUGCGGCACAUGUGCGCCGGGCGCACGGCGGCGGGGGGCUCCUUCCAGAGGCGGGCGCUGUGGGUGCUGGCCUUCUGCACGUCCCUCGGCUUGCUGCUGUCCUGGUCCUCGAACCGCCUGCUCUACUGGCUCAGCUUCCCGUCGCACACGCGGGUGAGCCGCGAGUGGAGCCGCCAGCUGCCCUUCCCCGCCGUUACCGUGUGCAACAACAACCCGCUGCGCUUCCCGCGCCUCUCCAAGGGGGACCUCUACUAUGCCGGCCACUGGCUCGGACUGCUGCUGCCCAACCGCACAGCGCGCCCGCUGGUCAGCGAGCUGCUGCGGGGCGACGAGCCGCGCCGCCAGUGGUUCCGCAAACUGGCCGACUUCCGCCUCUUCCUGCCGCCGCGCCACUUCGAGGGCAUCAGCGCGGCCUUCAUGGACCGUCUGGGCCACCAGCUGGAGGACAUGCUGCUCUCUUGCAAGUACCGCGGCGAGCUCUGCGGGCCGCACAACUUCUCCUCCGUGUUUACAAAAUAUGGGAAGUGUUACAUGUUUAACUCAGGCGAGGAUGGCAAACCUCUGCUUACCACGGUCAAGGGGGGGACAGGCAACGGGCUGGAGAUCAUGCUGGACAUUCAGCAAGAUGAGUACCUGCCCAUCUGGGGAGAGACAGAGGAGACGACGUUUGAAGCAGGAGUGAAAGUUCAGAUUCACAGUCAAUCUGAGCCGCCUUUCAUCCAAGAGCUGGGCUUUGGGGUGGCUCCGGGGUUCCAGACCUUCGUGGCCACACAGGAGCAGAGGCUCACAUACCUGCCCCCACCGUGGGGCGAGUGCCGAUCCUCAGAGAUGGGACUCGACUUCUUUCCUGUUUACAGUAUCACCGCCUGUAGGAUUGACUGUGAGACCCGCUACAUUGUGGAGAAUUGCAACUGCCGUAUGGUUCACAUGCCAGGGGAUGCCCCUUUCUGCACCCCCGAGCAGCACAAGGAGUGUGCUGAGCCUGCCCUAGGUCUGCUAGCAGAAAAGGACAGUAAUUACUGUCUCUGCAGGACCCCCUGCAACCUGACCCGCUACAAUAAAGAGCUCUCCAUGGUGAAGAUCCCCAGCAAGACGUCAGCCAAGUACCUCGAGAAGAAAUUUAACAAAUCUGAAAAAUAUAUCUCAGAGAACAUCCUUGUUCUGGAUAUAUUUUUUGAAGCUCUCAAUUAUGAGACAAUUGAACAGAAGAAGGCGUAUGAAGUCGCUGCUUUACUUGGUGAUAUCGGUGGUCAGAUGGGAUUGUUCAUUGGUGCUAGUAUCCUUACAAUCCUAGAGCUCUUUGAUUAUAUUUAUGAGCUGAUCAAAGAGAAGCUAUUAGACCUGCUUGGCAAAGAGGAGGACGAAGGGAGCCAUGAUGAGAACGUGAGCACUUGUGACACGAUGCCAAACCACUCCGAAACCAUCAGCCACACUGUGAACGUGCCCCUGCAGACUGCCCUGGGCACCUUGGAGGAGAUUGCCUGCUGACACCCCUCGGACCACCCAGCUCCCCCAAACAGACCUUGAGGCCCAAGACCCAGGACAGGGGACAGCAAGCUCAGGUGGGAUGGCCCCUGACGACGAUGGAAAGAAGAGCCCCCUAUGCACACAGAGCAAACUAUCUGCCAGAACCUCGCUAGAGCCACAUUGGACAUGAUGCGUCCUCCGCCCACCGCGUCCUUCCUAGGAGAGACCAGUCACACUUUGGAACUGUCUGAGAACCAACCUGCCAUCACAUCUCACUGCCAGAUGUAUAAAGCACUUGCAUGCUCAGACUUCUUACAGCGUCACCUCCACGUCUGUCUCUGUACAUGACAUUCCUCCUCGUGGUUUCCAGCUCUCGAUCUGUGGCCCGCGCAACCGGCAGGACCCUGUUCCAAUCCCAAAGUCACCGUGAGGCCCAGCUGGAGUCAAAACUGCACAAGCAAGAGGGAAACCGCAGAAUUCUCUAAUGUGUUCCGUCUUUGUGUAGUUAGUUCCUGAAGGUUCUUAACCAGGAGUGCAUGGCCUGGCCAUGGCUCUACCCACAGAACCUCGUUUCCCCAGCUGGUCCGUGGGGCUUCACCACCGAAGGCGCCCAGUGGCGACCCACCCACCCCAGAGCCCGUGAUGGCGGCGCACGGCCUGGGCGACUCCCACCUCCCUCCACGGCUCCCGUGUCGUUCUUCUCUCCCUGUGAACAGCCUGUACAGUCUGGGUCUUUUUAUUUGGACGGGGGGGCUGCUUCUGUUUGUCUGUUGGAGAUUUUUGUUUUUGUUUUAUUUUAUGAUUUUUGGUUUUGAUGUUCUGAGCUUUCUUUUCAUUUUGUUUUUCCAUUUUCUUUGGCGUUUAUUUAUUCGUGCUUCAAAUCACGGUCUUAUUAAAAGCUGGUCUUGUGGAAAUGGUUGAGUCAUUUCUGCCUUUCCCUCACACCUAGGUCUCGCUCCCCAGUGGUUUAGGAAAGGGCCACGCCUGCUGAGUCAAAAA